AUGGUCCUCCUCACCACGACUCCGCGCAUCAUCGCUGCGCUCGAGGCAAUUCCAGCCGCGCAAUGCUCGGAGAUCGAUCUGCCGACAUCCGCUCAAGCGGGCGACUCCAUCACUCACGACCAGCUCCUCCGGUUGGCCAAAUACCUACAGAAUGACACGCCAUACCAGGCGACACACCUCUCCGCGCAACCUCAUACAACCGUUCUGAAUGACUUAUUACGGGGCACAAGAGUCUACGUCGCUCCACCCCCCAAGAAACCCGAACCCACACCCGAAUACCUCGCCUCCAAAGCGCGCCUCCUCGCCGAGGCAGAACGCCUCGCCUACACCCGUCUGCUCAAUCCAUCGCACACCCUCGACCCGUCCUCCACAGACCCCUACGCCUCUUCAACCGACGCCUCCGAAGACCCCCUCACCCUCAGCCUAAUCUUCAACAUCUUCCUCUCGGUCAUCAUCACCGGGUUCAGCGUCUACUGGGCGCUGACAAAGUUCCAUAUGCCGGUGAUCUUGGCCACACUCUUUACGCAAUGGACGAGUCCGAACCUGGACCUCGGUCGUGGUCAGCCAAGUGCGAGUGCGAGUGCGAGUGCGGGGGCUUCUGACGCGGUGAAGAUUCUGAUUUCGUUCUUCGCGGCGAUUGCGGUGGCGGUGGCGGAGGCGUUUCUGUACGGGGCGUAUUUGGAGAAGGUUUCGCGGGCGAGGGCCAAGGAGAAGAGGAUGAAGGAGAGGAAGGUGGUGAUUGGGCCAGUGGAGGGAGAUGGAGAUGUCGGUGAGAUGGAGGGGACGGAGAUGGAGACGGUGGCACAGGCAAAGGUGGAUCGGAAGGAGGAAAUCUGGGGAAAAGGUGUAAAUGGAGGGGUGAGGAGGAGGGUGCGCGAGAAGUGGGAGAAGGAAAGAAAUCAGGAGAGUGUGACGGAUUGA